ACGGACGAGCAGGCGAUGCUGGAGGACUGCCAGGUGGCUCUGAUGGAUUUGGAGAAGGUCACUUUCUACUUCCUGCAGUUUGAGGGCGAGCCCCUGGUGGCCAACAUGCCCAUGUCCUUCCAGGUUGAAGGGUCUCGUCAGGCGUUGAAAGUCUGUUUCCACCUGGAGAGUUUCUACUUCCUGCAGCUUCCCCCCCGCCUGAGGAGUGGAGGAGGAGUGAAGAUCUGCCCCGUGCUCUUCACUCAGG